AGAAUCGUUGAAUUUUUAACGACAGGGAGUUGCGCAAAAGAAUUAUUCGAUCUCAUUCGAGGGCUGUCAGUGGAUGCUGUUGGGUGGUGUUUAAGUUUAAGAUUCGAAUUAAGCUACGCUGGAUAAGAAAGAGAAAAAAAGACAAAGGACAGAGAUAGUUUGGGGUGAGUGUACAGAGUAAGCAAAGAAUUCUAUUACAAAAUUAAAAGUUCUCUAUGUGUUCUAUGAUAUACAUAUAUACAUAUAUAUUACGGCCUUGAGAAAAUCGUAUAGUGUAACUAUGGAGAGUGGGAGACAGAAUUUAGAUAACGACGAAACGAAGCAAUCGUCUCGACCGUCUUCAGUCGUUCCAACGUAUAAAUCUGAGACGGACGAGACUAAUUUGGUUUCCUUUGAUCAACAAUUAAAGUCUAACGAACUUUUAAACAUGGGAAAACAAAAUGGGGGUGAGAGUGAUCUCGAUGACGGGACAAAGGAGAGAAUGCUAACGGACGAGAGUACAAUUUCGCCGACUAAGGAUGCCACGGAGGUUAAAUUUAUAUCAGAAAAUGGAGAUGCAAAAAUCGAUAUUGAAACUCCUAAACAGACGCUUUCCGGAAUGGGAAAAGAAGAGUUGAUGAAAUUUGCUAAUGAUCCAUUUUGGGUUCGCCUACGAUGGUUUUUAUUUAUUAGUUUUUGGGUAUUAUGGGUCUCUAUGCUUGCUGGUGCUAUAGCAAUUAUUAUUGUAGCACCAAAGUGCGUAUCACCUAAACCUAAACAAUGGUGGGAAGAAAGUCCUAUCGUUAAAUUACAAUUUUCUGAUUCGCCUACUAAAGAUUUAAAAGGUUUUAAAUCGCUCUUGAAUGAAUUAAAGGAACAGCAUAUAAAAGCUAUUUCUUUACCGCCGAUAAUGAAAGGAAGUUUACAAGGGUAUACGGAUAAUUUCAUGGAAUUAGAUCCGCAACUAGGUGAUUUAAAUGAUUUAGAAGAUCUUAUAAAAGCUGCAAAGGAAAGAGAUCAGCAUCUUAUUUUGGAAUUAGAUCCUAACUAUUCUUCCAUGAACCACUCGUGGUUUGAACAAUCUGUUAUUAAAAAAGAUCCCUACACGGACUACUAUAUUUGGGCCGAUGGAAAAACUACUCCUGAUGGUAGAAGACAACCACCUAAUAAUUGGCUAAGCGUAAAUGGAGGUUCUGCCUGGGAAUGGAAUGAACAAAGAGGCCAAUAUUAUCUUCAUCAGUUUAAAAAAGCUCAACCAGAUUUGAAUUUCUCUAGCCCAACGGUGAUAGCAGAAUUUGGAAAUAUUUUGAAAUAUUGGUUGAAAUUGGGAAUUAGUGGUUUCCGUUUGGCAAAUACUCAAUAUCUGACAGAAGAUCCUUCUUUACGGGAUGAAUCUCUUAGUUCCAUACCGACUGAAGUUGAUAAUUAUCAAUCAUUGAUUCAUGUAUACACGCGAGAUCGACCAGAAAAUGCAGAAGUUUUAACAAAAUGGCAAGAAAUAGUUUACAAUGAAACUAAAGGACAAGGUUUAUUUGCGUUGCAAAAUGACAUUGGAGCAGAUAUUUUAGAAGUUUACAACGAGAAAAAAACAUUAAUUAGUCUUCCACAAAGUUCACAAUUUCUGACUACAGCAAAUGCUAGCAUAAAUGCAACUACUUUAAAUAAAGGUAUUUCACAGUGGAUAUCUAUUUCAUCUUGGCCUGGAUGGGAUCUAAAUGGAGAACAAUAUAGUUUACGACAACGAAUGGCACCAGAUAUAGCCGAUAGCAUAACUCUAAUGUCUAUGCUUUUACCAGGAACACCUAUUCUUAGAUUAAAUGAUACAUUAUCUGCCAAAAAUGCAUUUUCAAUAUUAGCUAAAGCUCGAACGAGUGCGACAUUCCUUUACGGUGAAACUGAUACUAGAGUCGUAAAUGGAACUGUUUUUGUUUAUACAAGGAGUUGGCUAAAAAGUGGUAAUCCAGGGUACCUAGUAGCAUAUCAAAGUGAAGAAUAUCCUAAGAUUAUAGAUAUAUCAUCUAUACCUGGAAUACCCGAAGAAGUGACUAUGCUUGCAUGUAGUCCUAAUUAUCCUCUAGAAGAAGUCUUGAAUAUAAAGUUACCUUCAAAUAUGAUACCUAUAUUACCCAAAAGUACAUUGAUUUUAACUUUUGUUCCCAAGGAUGAUAACAAUUAAUGCUAAAUAACAAUAAAUGCAUUUAAUACUCAAUAUUUAUAAUUAAUGUAAUUAUUUUAUGCAAGUGAUUUGCUUGAUGUUAAUUACAAUUACUAUAUCAUUAAAAAGAGUGGCAAAGUAUUAAA